AUGAAAAUUGGUGAGAUUGGAUUAGAACCUGAUAGACCAGCACUUACAACUGUUGAGGAGAACAUGAUUUUCCAGUCAUGCUACAAAGAAACAACACAAAUCAAAUCAUCCAAAUUACAUGGGCAUGGAUAUUUGGCUACGUAUCGAACUCGCGGAGAACUUAUGAAAGAGAACCUUGAAGUACAUGCACGUGCUCAAGCUGCAGCUAGGGAGAAGAGCAUUGCUUUAGAAGCGGAGGUUGACAAGCUCAAAGAACAGAUUGCGCAAGAAGCUGCAGAAAGGGAAAGGGAGGAAGAAGAAAAUAAGAGGAGGAUGCAAGAGGAGCUGGAAAAUGCUAAGAUAAACUUAAGAGAAGAAAUGAAGCAAGAAUUUCUUAAUAUGCUAGCGCAGCACAAAGAAGGAGCUAUGAUUAUGACUCAGCCUGGAAGCGUUGUCACCGUACAAAAAGGUGCACCAGCACCUACUCGCUCCACUAGAAGUACUGCACCUCCCAGCAGAGCUCUUUUCAACGAAAACACUGCAAAUGUGACUGCAUCGAAGACAUAUAUCACUUCACAGCAGCUAAUGAAUAGGACAAGAAAUAAUCCCAAAAGGAGGAAGGCAACAACCAGCUAA